GGCCGACCUUCCUGUUCUCGACGACGACGACGGAGCCGCUGCUCGCCCACUCCCUCCUUUCACUUCACGUUCUCUACUUUACGCUCCUUCAACCGUGAAUCCAACGGAUGGCAAACGGUCACGACAAAAUUCGUAGCGGGCACGCCGUUGCCCCGCACGGACAUCGUAAACGCGACUCGUGCGCUACCGGCGGGUUCUACAAAUCUCCAAGUGCAGCGGCCGUGGUCGACUCAUCGGAGCCACUUCAAAUCAGCUGGGACACGUCCUGCUUGGAUACAACUGCUGUCGAUAUUUAUCUGUUCGCACCCCUCGCUCCCACCCCACGGAUCCACAUCUGGCAAAACGUCGAUUAUGCGUACGGACGCUACAAUGCCACCCUCCAGCCGGCUUGGUGGAACUCCACCAAAUCUGUGAGCCUGCAGCUCGAGAUCAUCGAGUCGGGCAUGCCGACCUUCAUGGCCACCCUUCCCAUUGGCCCCAUGUGGAACGCUACGUACGGCGGAAAUCAGGAUGCGUCUACUAGCAGUGACACCGCCUCUGGAUCCAUCGCCGAGAGCGUCAAUAACGUCCCGAAACAGGGCUUGUCAAAGGGCAAGGUCGCUGCAGCGGUAAUCAUGACGCUACUUGCCGUUGCCGGUAUCGUUGCAGGCGUGUAUAUCUGGCGCAGUCGCAAGCGUGGACAGCAUAAGCGGAAGCGGUUCAGCGUCGCGGUGGACAAGCGUAUGUCGACGAUAUCUACAGAUUGGAAGUCGGUUACCACUGCGGGUGCGACACAUGCCAUCCGGAAUAGCGUAUACAGCGGAGACCGGACCUCGUCGAUUGACGGUGGACAGCCGGAUUUAUACAGUGCAGCCGAUCGCCAGUCGCGCGUGUCCCGGGUGUCGUUCGCGCCAGAGACACGUCCGACCUCGGAUUACCGCCGCACGCGCGCAUUCCAUACCGGUCACCUUCCCCCGCUCCCGGAUUCUAUGAUGUCACCUGCAGAAUUGUCGCCAACGCAGACCAUCGGGCCAUUCAGUCUCAGCCUUGAAGACGUCCAUGCCCAUAUGUGGGGACAAGAUGAGACACAGCCAAGCUUCGGUACCUUCGCCCCGCUCUAUCCAAUGCCCGAGCCUGAGUUGCCGACCCCGCCUGCGCCCGUUCUCCAGGCUCCUUCGGCUCCUCAAUCGCCUAUCCUUGGCGCAAUGCCGAUGCCGUCUAUUCCUGGCAGCACCAUGUCGCCGGAUGAUAUGCUUCGCGCGUAUGCCGAACGUUCCUUCCGCUCACCGCCGCCUACUUCCGCCACUCCACCACCUCUCAAUGGCAAUGGCAUGCGACAGCUCUAUUCGGAGAACCCGACCACGGUCGAUUCUUUUGGACUUGGCCAGGGCGUUAAUGACGACGACGCUCCGAGGGGUAGCUUUGCGGUUUCGGAGGAGAGUCGAUAUGGCGUUGAGAACGCUGAACACGGUUCCGCUAUGUAA